AUGAAGGUCAGUCAUAUUUUCGGGGUAGCAACCAAUUUUAGGCUAAUUAACUAUGAUGAAUCGACUCUGUUGACUGGUAGAAAAUGUGUUCACAUUCCACAGGUUGAGGCGGAACUGGAGGAGAUGGCCGAUCGCCUCGAGGAGCAAGGCGGCGCUACAGCCCAACAAGUGGACUUGAACAAGAAACGCGAAGCGGAAAUGAUGAAGCUGAAGCGCGAUCUUGAGGAUGCUCGUCUCCAGAAUGAACAGCAGAUCGCCGCAAUGCGCAAGAAACAAGGAGAUUCGGUGAAUGAGCUCUCCGACCAACUAGACCAAUCCAACAAAGCAAGAACCAGGCAAGUGGAGAACUCGCCAUUUGUGGAUCUCAUUCCAUUUCAGCAGCUAAUGCUUUCAUCAGCUACUUUAGUACCUUCAGCUGAGAAGGAAAGAAACGAUCUCAAAGGUGUGAUCGAAGAUCUUCACGCACAAAUUGAACAACUCAGCAAGGGCAAGAUUAACGCCGAGAAAACAGUCAAGACGCUCGAUUGUCAGGUGAUCGAGUUGACCUCCAAAUUGGAUGAAAGCAAUCAGCAAUUGAGUGAAUUCAGCUCAUCCAAAUCUCGCUCCAGCCAAGAGGUUGCCGACUUGAUUCGACAACUGGAGGAAGCCGAGUCCCAGAUUAGUCAAUUAACUAAACUUAAGCUACAACUUGCAGGACAGGUGGAUGAAGCCAGAAAAAACCUCGAGGACGAGAGCCGAAUAAAAGCCAAGCUGAACGGUGAAGUGCGUGGACUGACCGGCGACCUGGACAGUCUCCGUGAAAGCCUCGAAGAG